UUACAUUGAAUAUUCACCGUCUCAGAGUCCAGUUGCUGAUCUGUGGUGUGAGGUUGUGUGGGUCCAUCAGAGUGGAGUGUGUGUGUGGGACUGAAGGACUGGGUUCUACUGCUGUUCUCUGGACUAAAUGAAAAUGCUGCUGAUCUGUGGAGUUCUGCUGAUGUUCACAGGAUCUGCUGUGGGUCUGAUUACAGUAGAUGAUCAGUGCAGAUCUGAUCAGAGCUGUGUGUUUUAUGGAGCUGUGGGACGCCGGCUGGACCUGCAGCUUCCUAAAGAGGAGCAUUUACAAUUAAAGAAGAUCAUCAGUGGAACUACUUCUGAUGUUGUUUUCAUAUAUAGAAACAAAAAAAUCAGAAUAAACUAUCUAGAUCAACGAUGGGAGUUUAAUAAUAAAACCAAAACCAUGAUAAUAACCAGAGCAGAGAAAGAAGAUUCAGGAAGAUACGAAUUAGAGACCUUUAAUUCAUCUGGGAGAAGCACAGGCAGAUUCUAUCUCCAUCUGAUUAUAGAAGCCGGGGUGUCGUCAGUGAAAAUGACAAACAGCUGUUUCUCCAUUACGGAGAGAAAAGUUCACUGUUGGUCUGAUGGAGAUCAGAUUCAGUUCAGCUGGACUCUGGAUGGAAUUCCUCAUAAUCAGAAUCUGACUGAUGGGAAUCGGACUCUCCUGCUGGAUGAAAGAUCUACUGGAAACUUCACCUGCACUGUAAAGAAUCACGUCAGCAGCGGAUCUGCUACUGUUAUAAUAGAGCCCUGUCCUGAGACUACGACUGCGGCCUCAACUACGAGUGCAAUGACCACUACGACCCCACCUCCUUUCAAUGACUUACUUCUGAUCAUGCUGGGCUUGUUUGCUGUAUUGCUCAUCGUGGUUGCCGUCAUAGUGUGCCAUAUUUACAGGAAGAAACAAGCUCCAAAGACCACAGGAUCACCUCAGAAUGGGGAGGAACUGCUGUAUGUUCAGGUCAAUCAUAAACCCAAACCCAAAGACGGGGAGGAAGGAACCAGCAGACCAGCUCGAGUUCAGGAGGAGGAAGUGGAGUACGCCUCGGCCGUCAGGCAGCCCAAGCAGAAGAAGAAGAAGAAGAAGGAGCCGAAGGAGGAGGAAGUUCAGUACGGAGAGGUGGUCUUCAAAACCCCCGCCAAAAAGCAGCGAGAGCAGCCCGAGGAGGAGUGCGUUUACUCGCAGGUUCAGCACAAGCGGUGAGGACCACCCGCCAGCGCUAGCGCUCGGUUUACCGUCAAUCUGAGAAACUCAUGAUCAGAAAACUGAUUAUGUUAGUGGUGAAUGUUUAUGGGUGCUUCUUAACAUGUUACUGUUUUAUUUAUACAUUAUUAUACCAUUAAUUAUAAAGCUAUGUAAGAAAUGUACAUUUUAUGUUUGAUAAGAAACAUAAAAAGGGUAUUUUUUUUUAUUAAUGUGUAAUAAACCCUUAACUAAGUAUCAAUAACACAUUAACUACAUAUCAGUGCAUUAGCAGUAGUUUUAGCUUCAUGAGUGAGGCUAAAUACAUUAAUCAAAUCUUAACCCAGUCUUACCCAAAGCCUAAUUCUAAUUCUAAUCCUGGCCCUAGCCCUAAUUUUAACCUCAACUCAGAACCUGAUUCUAACCUCAACCUCAACUCAAAACCUAAAACCAAACAUCAUUCUAGUCCAAGUCAUAACAUUACCUUCAAUUAAAACAUGAUCCUAAACUCAAUCUUAACCCUUAAUUCUAACUUUAUCAAUAACCUUAAUCACAAACUUAAUCCUAACCAUCAUCCUAUCCCUGAUUCUAAUAUUACCAUCAAUUACAACAUAGUCCUAAACUCAACCUAAACCCAAAUUUUGAACUUAAACUUAAACUCAAUCCUAAACCUAAUCCUAACCAUCAUUCUAUCCCUGAUUCUAACAUUAAAUCAAUUACCCUCAAUUAAAAAAUAGUCCUACAGUGUUACUUAAUUGAUUCUAAAUAAAAUUAUUCUAGGUGCCACAAAAAAACCCAAUUUUAAUCCGUUUUAUACAUCACAACUGAUAUGAAAGACAAGAUAAAUAAAAAAUAUAUUGUUCAAAAAGAGAAAUUAUGUACAGACAAACAAUGAAAUAUAUAGGAGGCAUCCUGUAUAUGCAGAAUUAAAUGUGUUUAGAAGUUAGAGAGUUAGAGAGUUAAAAGUGUAGAGUUGUAUCUUGCAGUUUUGUGAGAGAAUAAUGAGGAUGUGGUUUUAGAUGUUGGGUAAAAAAAAAAAUGCGGAUGUACAAAUUUCAAAGGUGUCUUGCAGUCCAGUGUUGCGCAAAAGGCAGAAAAAUAGUGACUAGAUAAAAAAAACCUUACAUAAAUAUGUAAAUAUAGAGGAUAAAUGAAAUAUUAUGUAAUUCUUUUAUCACUAAAUGUUGUACAGCACUGAUAAUAAACUUAUUAUUAAUAUCCAAUAGCUAUUUAUAUUCAUUUUUCAACUAAAGUAUUUGUGUAUAUUUGCAUUUUAUAAUAAUAUUAAAAAAGCAGUUUGUGUUUUGCUGUGUAGCUUUUAAUCUGUAAUUUUAAUUUUAUAUACAGAGUGAUUACUAAAUAAUUUUAAAUGUACAUAUAAGUUCUGCAUUAUGAAUUUGAGUUAUGUUUUGUUAAUGAAUGUUAAUGAAUUGGCCACUUUAGAAUACAUGUGUAGUUACACAUGAAUAACACAUGUAAUAACCAUGUAACUAUAAGUAAUAAGCAGAGUAUUAGCAUGUAUAAAUGUAUUACAGUGAUGCAGCUUCUUUAAAUACGUGUGUAUCAACCUCAGUUUUGAAUUGACUUUGUGUAAUUGUACAAAUGUAUUUUGCUCAUUUUAAAAGCUUAAUUUAUUUAAUGUGCUUAUAAAUGUGCAAUAAAGUAAAGAUAGUUACAGAUAAAUGACCUUUUACUUAGAAUCCUACAUAUAUACAUACAUUAGCACAUUUAUACAUGUAGUAACAAUGUAAUUAUUAGUUAUAACAAAAGCAUACAUGUAAUUAUAUGUAUUAGUAUGCAACUGUGAUGCAUCAACCAUCAAACCACCAAACUGAACUGCUUGAAUUUUUGCACCAGGAGUAAAGCAGCAUAAAGUUAUCCAAAAGCAGUGUGUAAGACUGGUGGAGGAGAACAUGAUGCCAAGAUGCAUGAAAAAAAACUGUGAUAAAGAACCAACCAGGGUUAUUCCACCAAAAAUUGAUUAUUUCUGGACUCUUAAAACUUUAUGAAUAUGAACUUGUUUUUUGUUGUUCUACAAUGUUCUACUUUUUUUAUAUUUCCGUCACACUGCACGUGCUAUUGUGAGCUGCUUACUGGUGGUCACAGCUGUUGCCAUUCUACACACUCGUUCUCAUUAAAUACUCAUUGUUCCUUUAAAUUAAAUGAAAAUAAUAAGUUAAAACCUUUAUUAAACAAAGAAAAAACGUUAAAAUGCCAUUAAGGGAGUACCAGCCAAAUAAAGGCCUAAUGUGGGCCUGGCAUUAAUUAACAGUACUUUCCACAAAAUGCCUUAACUAUUCAUUAAUCAACACUAGUUAAGACAUUAUUAAUCAUUACUAAUUUUAAAAUCAAUAUAUUAAUUCAUUUCUAUUUUCAACAUUCUUAAAGUAGAACUCAUAAUAAAGAGUACUAACCUUUUCUACCUCUCCUGCAGCUUUCAGAGAUACAGUAAUUUAGUGUUUUUUUGCCCAGAACUCUUUACAGCAUAUUUUGCAUAUAUACUUUGGAGCAUAUUUUGCACCAAUAAAUCGCAUUUUUACACCGUUAUCCAGCUCAAAGUAGCGCCACACCUCAUUGUUAGAAUCCGGAGAGCUCUGACAUUUAAAACGAGGCAUUAAUAGCUUAAAAAGUGCACAAGAAGCUUAUUAAAAACCACUGUUUACAUCUGGUAGUGCGGCUAAAUCUCUGGGCGCCGCCAUCACUGUACUGAUAAUACUGUAACAUAGACAUAAAUACAUAGACUUUGCAUAGUCUGCCUUC